UUCCAUAAACCCAAACAACCAUGAAGACCAACAUCGUCACAACCAAAACCACAAUUUGCACUCUUCUCCUCCUCCUUCUCUUCUCCACUUCUCUACAUUUAAGCUCUGCAGCAGCCACAGUGACAUGCAACACUAUCACAACAGAAGCAGCACCAUGUUUAGGCUUCAUCACCGGAAAAGUUCCCAGGCCACCGGCGGCGUGCUGCACUGGGUUGAAGCAAAUAGUAAAGAGUGGUACCACCGUCACUGCUCGCCGGGCAAUUUGUCAAUGCAUGAAGAAUGCUAUUAAAGAGUUCCCUGGUGUGAAAGAGAAGUUCUUGUCUCAGCUUCCAAAAGCCUGCCAUGUUUCUGUUAGCUUUCCAAUAUCCUCCCACACCAACUGUAACAAGGUGCACUGAAGCGUUCAUGGAUGAGAGUAAGGGUUGAAGAGACGAAUAAGAGGGAAUUAAUGAAUUAUUUAAUUAGCAUGGG